AUGCCAACACCAUCAGCGCAUGCGCGGCAGCAACAACCAGCGAUUGCGGCGAUAACCGCAACAAUGCUGAGCCAGCUACGCGAUUUGCAGUUGCACUUGUCAACUGAGCGGACAGCAGGUACAGCAAUUAUCGCAGCGGCCACUAUGACUAUCGUUGUACGCGAGCAAACGGUGCGCGAAUCCUUGGAAGGAUUUCCAUUCGGCAGCGCUAUUUCAUUAAUCAAACAGUUUGAUAUUUUCGCAAACCUUCAAGCAAAAGAAGUGAUGGAGGCGCUUUCCGUUUUCAAAGAGCCCGUAACCAUCGACAAAAUUGUGCAUUACAUGGCAAAAACCUAUUCACAGCCGGAGGAUAAGGUGAAGAAACUGGUCGAGGAGACACUGAAUGAAGUAGUCCGCUAUGGGAUUGUACUGAAGCACAAUGAGUUUUAUUACCGAGUCUGUGACGCUGUUGACGCCUUAGAAGAGAGUUCCGAGGAAGAUGAGGACGACGAAGUUGCCAGCGCCCAAAGCUACGAAAGUGUGGACAGUGGAGACAUACCUCCGGAGCCGAAAUCGAAUAAAACCAGUGAAAGAAAGCCAAGUGGUGUGCACGCGCCAUCGCGACAGUCGCUUAAGUCCAAAAGAGUGAAUAACCGCGACGAUCGCAGGAGUAAAAAAUCGAGAGAUGUCUACAGCGAGGAGGAGGAAGAGAAUGCGGGCGAUUCGGCUGGUGAGCGUCGUAAAAGAUCCCAUACGUGCAACUGCGACUGCUACAGUUCCCACGGCCAUAGCUCAAUGGACGACCAUGGUUAUUUGCGGGCUCGCAGUCGCUCGGCGCCCCGCCGCCAAUAG